UCAGGUAUUCCAUUUUUCAAAAGCCCAACAAUUCAAACCCCCAUUGCAAUCUCUUAUCCUCAAAAAAAUAAAAAAAUAAAAAACCUCUAUUAGAUUAUCCAAUAAGAUAAAAGCAGCAUUAAAAUGGCAGAGGGGAAAGACACAAAAGUCCAAUACACAGUACACAAGCGCUGCCUUUCCCACUCCCCUCUGAAACCCUUUCAGUUUCAUCCUGCUUCGAGUCCUUUCCUGCAUGUAAGCACUCUAUUGGAUCUCUCUAUAUCUCUCUCUCUCUCCCCCCUGUGUGUCGUAGCCUUCUUAAGCUUUUGCAGGGGUCGGUGGUGUUGUGAAGUUCUGUCUUCGAGUCCUUUCCUGCAUGUAAGCAAUUUAUUGGAUCUCUCUCUCUUCUGUGUGUCGUAGCCUUCUUAAGCUUUUGCAGGGGUCGGUGGUGUUGUUAAGUCCUGUUGGCGUGGAGGAGAUCUAUCUCGGGUUUGGGUUUGUGGGUCAUCUUGUUUCUGUCGAUCAUGUUUGAUAUUUACUAUAUGGGUUUUGAUUGAUGGAUUCUGGUUUAUGUAACCCGUGAAUUGAUUUUAGAGUGAGGGUUUUAUCAAUUGGUUCGUCUGAGUUCUGGAGCAUUAGCAAAAUGAGAGUGUUGGGAUAGGAUUCUAAUCGAUGGCUUCGAAUGAAAAUUAUGAUUUGGGUUUGGGCAAGUGAGCUCAGUUGGUUUAUGUGAAACUACACAAUGAAGGUUAGACUUGGGGAAAGUUGUUUUGCUGAUAAGCGAUUGAUUUGAAAAAUCGAAGAGGAAAGAGGUUUCUCUUUUUGGGGCUUUGGUCAUUGACAUGGGUUCAUCUGGUUUCAUCUUGAUCUGUUUUCUCCAUUCUGUGGUAGCUUUAACUUGUGGCGCUAUGAUGAUGUUUUACACCAAAGAGAUCUGGGUCUUCGGGCAUGGAAGUGAGAUUGCCAGUAAGCUUUUGGGGUCAACGCCCCACGAUCAGCUCUUGAUUCGAACCUCUGAUUCUUUCUCCGGGUUGCUUCUGUUUGCCAUUGGGCUUUUUCUGUUCAUGGUGGCUUUCGUUAAGGACAAAGAGUUUCAGAGUUUCUUUGCUAAGGGAUGUGUGCUUCUUCAUGUUGCCAUGGCCGUGUGGAGAGUUAGCUUUGAGAGGAAGCUUGAAGAUCUAGCUCGCGAUUUGCCUAGGCAGGUUGCUGGGGAUAUUGUGCUAGCCCUUUCAUGGGUUUUCUUUCUUGUUUAUUCAUGGAGAGAAAAAUAUGAUUAGUCUUAAUCCUGUCAGUGAGCUGCAAUUUCCUUCCUGGUUGUCAGACACAGACUUAUAUUACUAAAAAGAUGGAAAUGGAAUGUGUUUCCUCUGCUGCCUGAUUGUGCUCUCAUGGAACGUUAUUGUGUGAAUUUAUACUCAGAUGUUGGAGAAUUCUGUGUUCACCAAAAUCUGCUCAAAGAUUGCAGGUCGAAUGUUGAAUUGUAAGUGAAAGGAGAGAGACUCAGACGAAGCAUUGUUGAAUCAAUCUGGUUAGUGUGUUUGAUUUUGUUUUCAUUUUAUUUAUGCUUGCUUCAUGUUACAAUAUUGCUCAUUCAGAUUCAAGUUCAGAGGAAGGGGAAAACGGGUUCUGCUCCUAGCAUGUUUGUUUCAAUUAUGUUUAUAAUGCAAAAUAUGCUUGUUUCUGUUCUUGUUUUGGGCACAUAAAGAGUGUCCCCGCUGGCUGCCUGUAAUAAACCUUGUAAAUUUUCUGCAAAUAAUAAAGAAAUAUGAGAUAUUCUGCAA